ACCUCGAACCAGGAAAGCAGCCACCAUGGGGAUCCGUUUACUCCUUAUCCGAAGUCGAGUUAAAGGUGCUUCGGGAGUACCUGGAUAAAAUGUUGCGAUUGGGAAAAAUUAGGCCGAGCAAAUCCCCGGCAGGAGCCCCAAUCCUAUUUGUGAAGAAGAAGGACGGUAGUCUGCGACUUUGCGUUGACUACCGUGGACUUAACCGUGUGUCCAUCAAGAACAGGUAUCCUCUACCGCUUAUGGACGAGCUGCGAGAUCGAGUGGCAGGCGCGGUUAUCUUCUCGAAGAUUGACCUGAAGGAAGGUUAUAACCUCAUCAGGAUCAAAGACGGCGACGAGUGGAAGACAGCCUUUCGUACGCGGUACGGGCAUUUUGAGUACCUCGUUAUGCCUUUUGGGCUGGCAAAUGCGCCGGCGACCUUCCAGAACAUGAUGAAUGAUGCGCUGAGGGAAUUCUUGGAUCAAGGUGUAGUAGUAUACCUUGAUGAUAUCCUAAUCUAUAGCAAGUCUCGAGAGGAACAGAGGGAGUUAGUCGGCAAAGUACUUAGCAGGCUACAAGAAUACAACCUGGUCGCCAACCCGAAGAAAUCGUUCUUCGAGCUCACCGAAAUCGAGUUCCUUGGAUAUAUCCUUGCCCCAGCAGGCGUCACCAUGGCACUGGAUAAGGUCAUGUCUGUUACGAAUUGGCAAGCCCCGCGCAGCGUUAAGGAAGUACAGAUCUUCAUGGGCUUUGCCAACUUCUACAGAAGAUUUAUCCACAAUUUCUCCGGGGUCUGUAAACCCAUUACCGAUUGUCUCAGGGGUGAUGCUAAGAACUUUGUCUGGUCUAUGACGGCCUCUACAAAGGUAGAAGUCUCCAAGGUCUCUUCAGUCAACAUCGAGUAUGAUUCUCCUUGA